GGACUUUCUCUGGCAGGAAGUUGCCCUGCUCCCAGCAUGCCCCACGUGCUGGAGGUCAGUGAGAGCACCAGGUUAGUGUCUGUGAGCAGGGAAAGGGUUAAUAACCCAGUGUAACAAUGUUUCCUUAUUAUACACAGUGUAACAAUGUUUCAUUAUUAUGCACAGUGUAACAUUGUUUCCUUAUUAUACACAGUGUAACAUUGUUUCAUUAUUAUGCACAGUGUAACAAUGUUUCAUUAUUAUGCACAGUGUAACAAUGUUUCAUUAUUAUGCACAGUGUAACAAUGUUUCCUUAUUAUACACAGUGUAACAAUGUUUCAUUAUUAUACACAGUGUAACAUUGUUUCCUUAUUAUACACAGUGUAACAUUGUUUCAUUAUUAUGCACAGUGUAACAAUGUUUCAUUAUUAUGCACAGUGUAACAUUGUUUCAGUAUUAUGCACAGCGUAACAAUGUUUCAUUAUUAUGCACAGUGUAACAAUGUUUCAUUAUUAUACACAGUGUAACAUUGUUUCAGUAUUAUGCACAGUGUAACAAUGUUUCAUUAUUAUACACAGUGUAACAUUGUUUCAGUAUUAUACACAGUGUAACAUUGUUUCAUUAUUAUACACAGUGUAACAUUGUUUCAUUAUUGUACACAGUGUAACAUUGUUUCAUUAUUAUACACAGUGUAACAUUGUUUCAUUAUUAUACACAGUGUAACAUUGUUUCAUUAUUAUACACAGUGUAACAUUGUUUCAUUAUUAUACACAGUGUAACAUUGUUUCAUUAUUAUACACAGUGUAACAAUGUUUCAUUAUUAUACACAGUGUAACAAUGUUUCAUUAUUAUGCACAGUGUAACAUUGUUUCAGUAUUAUACACAGUGUAACAAUGUUUCAUUAUUAUGCACAGUGUAACAUUGUUUCAGUAUUAUGCACAGUGUAACAAUGUUUCAUUAUUAUGCACAGUGUAACAUUGUUUCAGUAUUAUGCACAGUGUAACAAUGUUUCAUUAUACACAGUGUAACAAUGUUUCAUUAUUAUACACAGUGUAACAUUGUUUCAUUAUUAUACACAGUGUAACAUUGUUUCAUUAUUAUACACAGUGUAACAAUGUUUCAUUAUUAUACAUAGUGUAACAUUAUUAGUUUAUUAUUAUUAUUUCAUUAACUGAUUUAAUAUAUUCUCACAUUAUUAUUUAUAAUAAAUAGUAUAUUAUACAGUAAGGCAUCAAACUAUAUGGAAUAUUUAUUUGUAUUUUUAUACUGUGAUAGUUAUUAAGCAAUAUGUAUUAUUUCAUUGAAACUUUAUAAAGUGAAUAUGUCACUCAGAUUGUGUCACAGUGCAGGGUGAAGCAUGGGCAUGCACUAGGCCUGUUUGUAAGCUGCUACCUAAAUAAAUAUCUAAAAAAAAUAAAAUGUUAAUCAAACUAGGAACUGUUGAGACCAGACUGGGAAAUUUUAUGCCAAAAAACGCUGAUUUGGAGAAAUAACCAAUAUAUUUAUUCAUGAUAUUUCUAAUUGUAGUGAAUCUUGAGAUAUUAUAUAUAUAUAUAUUUAAAAAUAGCUGAUUUGGGCAAAUUCUUGGGUAAUUCAGAUUUCAAUUUACUACAAUUUGACAUUCAGUGAUCCUAUACCUGAACUGGAAAAUUCCUCCAAAUCAGCUAUUUUAAUCUGCAAUUCACUUCUCAGCUCUGUACAAUUAUUGGUUUAGUAAAUAAUGUCAGAAUAUAGUUAUAUUAAAUUUCAGUAUUCAAACCCUUCUAAUUUGUCACAAAAUCGAUUUGUACACUUUUUAUUCUUCUCUGGUUUGCCACACUGCUUACAAUGUACUGGACCUACGGUAGUAUGAUAUAAUUAUUUACAUGUUCUUACUGGAGGAAUAUGCGUGAUUAACUUCAUCAUAGAUACAUUAUCUUCAUAGUUGAUUUCAUCAUAGAUAGAGCACUCCUCCCAAGAGCUUACAAUCCAAAGUUUGCAUGUGUAGGAUAGCUAACCAUGACUUUGCUGCAAUUUACUAAUAGCAUUUUCUGUCUAUCAGGUUCAAUGAACAUGGCGAGUCCAUUUAUAUCUCGGUUACUUGUGUUCACUCAGAGGUACAGAGGGAGGCUUCUAGCCAUUUCUUGUACUGGGCUCUUUACUGCCAGUAUAUCAUAUCAUGUGUUUCCGGAGCAGACCUUUCGGAGGCUGUAUCAGAGCUGGUCCAAAGGUGAACCAGUAGAGCUGAGUAAUAAGCUUCAGACACUUUUCCAGGAUGUCCUACAAGAAGCCUGCAUUGCAUCCCCAUCAGGUUACACGCCAUUUGCAGCCUUUGGAUUUCACCCCGUGAGUGCUGGCCUGCCCUUGCUUCCAGGCAGAUGUUUAAUUGGAAUACCCGCUAAUUAUAACACAAACGAAGCAGGUGGGCCAGGUAUUGUAGACCGCGUCCUGUUGGUGAACGGGAAGGAAGUGGUCUGGGACAGUGAGAUUGGCGCACAUCUAAAAGCCUCCUUAAUUUUAUCAACCGAAGCUCAGAAGUUUGCGCUGGCACGGGAAGCAUUAUAUGCCCAAAAUAACAGUCCUGUUAUAAAAGCUUCAGUGGCGCCUGCUUGUUUAUCGGGUGUCUGUCUUUGCGGAGUGGCAGUAAAACAACUUCUCGGCAUCUAUUCUGGGCCUGUGGUAUUACGGGGACUGUACAAUAUGGGUGCACUGUUGCUUGGAUUUGUUGUUUACUUUCUUUGCGAUGAUGCCAUCUCUCAGUGGUUAGACUACAGGACUGACCGACAAGUGGCUGCAAUUUCUAAAUCCUAUGCCCAGGGCGGACUGGAGUUUUAUGACAAAAUACUGGCUCGUAAUAGGAGCUUGAGGACUCUCAUGGGGAAGCAAGGAGAAACCAUGUAUGCGCCAAGUGGCAACUUGUUUCCCAAACAUUAUUUUAGGGUAAAACACACCCCCUACACUGCCAGACGACAUCGUAUUCAGCAAGAUUUGAACAUUCAAGGAGAGUGAUCCCCACCAGGGACAGUUAAUCCGCUGUUGGAUGAUCACACCUAACUCGAAAACUCAAGAAGUAAAGUGGACGUUAGUCAUAAAAGAAAUGUAAAUGUGUACAUUGCAUAUUUCUUCAGCAGCUGUGAUUCAAAUGUGAACCAUGUUUAUAUCUAUUAAAGCUUAUUUUGGUGAAA